GCCAUGUCCACUGGCCCUGCCAUGGCAAUGGCUUUGACAGUUCUCAUGAAAGUUCGCUGGAAGGAGGGAGGCUGUGCCAACUUCCAGGUGUGUGUAGAUGCUGGCCGUGACGUCCGGGCCGAGCAUUCCUUGCUGUGUCUGUGUUGAUUCGCCGCGCAAUCAGCAGCCCAAACGAAAACAUGUGCUCAAGCAGAAGCUUGUGAGCCUCACUCAGGAGAUUUCCAGUGGUUGUGUCCGUGGCUGGCACGGUGUCCUUGGCAUCUUGGCUUUCGUGACCUCGAGCAGUUUGAGAUCUGACGAGGUAGAUGUGGUGCUCAGGAUGUCCUCUGAACCUCUUCCUUGGGAUGGUCGAUGGACUCGCGAUGGUAGUCCCAGAUGCCAAGCAGGAUUCAUUGAUGUUGUCCGUCGAGAUGCGGCCUUCCGUCAUCAGCCACAAGGUAUCGGUGCGACUGACUUGGACUCGCAUUUAAAAGAUGAGAAAGAACGUCGGAUUCUCCAUGCCCAUGAUUUGGUCGGACCUGAGGCUUGCCAAGGAAAGGGCCUGGCAGCCGGCCCUGGCCCUUUUAUCUUCCAUGGUUUGCGCGGCGUUGCGCAGCAACCUGAUCACGUGGGGGCAUGUGCUAAGGGCCUGAAGUGGUUUCUUGCUUGUGGCAUUUUGACGCAGAUGCGCACGCUUCUUCGAGUUCGCCCCAAUACCAUCGCCUUCGACUCCGCCAUUAAUGCCUGCGGGGGCCGUAGUGGCUCCUGGGAGAUGGCCCUUGGGCUCUUCAGUCAGUUGCGGGUCAUCAACCUGGAUCCGGUAGAAAUGUCUUACAACACCGCCAUCAGCGCCUUGGAGUACCGCCAGCAUUGGGAGAGAGGGAUGGAGUUCCUUGAGGAACUGACUGCCUGGAGACCACAACAGCGGAUUUGCGCCAACAUCGUGAGCUUUAACGCGGCCUUGAGCUGCUUUCGCAAGGUGUCGCAGUGGCAAAAAGCUGUGCACUUGCUGAAAGGCAUUCCCCGGAGACGGAUUACAUCCGCAGGCCUGCACCCCAUUGCUCACAUGUUACCUCCGCCACCGGAAACGGCCCUGGAGGACCAUGGCUGGCAAUGGCGUUGGGCAUUGCGACUCCUGUUGGAAGGAGCUUGCGCUUCACGCAUCAGAUGUGAAGUCAUGACAUUGAACUCAGCCAUGAGUGCUUGUGCGAAAGGGACAGAGUGGCCUGUGGCUCUCAGACUUUUGCGAGGUAUGCCAAGCCAAAAAAUGGUGCCCAGCAAACUGAGCUACACAACCGCCCUUGGAGCUUUGGGCGAAGCGUCGGCUCGCUCCGUCAAUGGGCCUCCAGUUUUUUUCUUGCUCAUGGAGAUGAUGUACAAGCGGCUGGAGCCAAAUGCCCUGGCCUAUGACUUAGGGAUCGAUGCAUGUGAGGCGGCACUGGCUGCGGCCAAAGUGCCUGAGCUCCUGCACUUGGCGCGCAGGGCUGGAGCUGCCUGCUGUGCAGCUGCUGGGCCUUCCUUUGAGGAGGAAGAUAAGCAUGGAGACCACUCCGGCCUUGCAAUUGUGGCUGCAGACUCCUUAGCACGGCAUAGAUGGCUGGAUGAAUCCUUGGCUCAGCGCAUCUGCCGACAGCUUUGCAAGCCAGCCCUGGAGAGGUUUGGAGUGUCGAAACAUUUCCUGGAGUUGCAGGCAGCAGAGACGGCUUUGGCAGAUCGUCGCUCCCAAUUGAAUUUUGCGCGGCUGUUGGCGGAGAAGAACACUUUGAAGGCGCAUGGCUACCAGGGCGAGCUGCAGUUGGAACAGCAGCAGACUGCAGAGCUGGAAGCGGCUGCAGUUGGCCUAACAGAGGUGGCCCAGGAGCUUCACAUGUCCGAGUUGCUUUGUGCUGAAGCCCGAGACUCUGCAGAGGAUGCUUUGCUCAUACGGCGGCAAGCCGUGUCUGCAGCACAAGUCCUUCUGCAGGCCCAUGCGCUGCUGUCGAGUGGCCGAUGUAGCAAGGUUGGAUCUUCGGAGCGGUUGGAAGAUGAGUUUGGACUCCCCUGGCAAAUUCGCCACCAGUAA